GCACCCUGGGCACUCUGCCCGGCCGGCAGCGCCUCUCACUGCUCGCGGAACGUUCUGGAAGUUUGGGAAACCCUGAGCAGUCUCUGAGGACCCGGUGAGCAGGUGAGGAUGCAGCCCAACCAGAGGUGACGUGAUUUGCCCAAAGCCACACAGUCCCCGCUUGGCUGCUGGUCGAGGAGCUUUUCCCCAUAAAUGCUGAGAAGGCACUGCCCCAGCCCCAGGUUUCUGAUUCAUUCCUCACCUUUAACAGGGACUUGGGACACGACUGACCCCAACUCCUUUCUCACUUAUUGUGCAGAUUGUUGCACCAUUAGAAGCUAGGUUGAUCCACAGACAGACAGAUGGCUGAAAGUGGAAAAGAAAAAAUAAAAUGGACAACCACCAUUAUUAUUAGCUCAUCUCUUAAGAGUUAUGAAGUUGCAACUGCCCUAGAAAAUCGAAGCCACAAAGUUCGAUAUUCAGAUUCAGUGGAAAAUGGAUCAAUUAUAUUUUCUCUUUCUGGAGUUGCAUUUUUAUUAAUGGAUACUAAGGAAUGUCUUCUGUCAACUGAAGAAAUAUUUCUAGCCAAAAUUGAGAAGUUUAUUAACAUUCACCAAAAUAGUUUUUUGGUUUUGUCUGCUGCCCUCCAUGGGCCUGAAGAAUGGAAACUGAUGUUCAGGAUUCAGCAGAGAUUCCUGGGUUGUAACUUACGAAUACUUCCAGUACACAACACAGUAAAUGCUAUUAAUCUUAUGUGCACUAUAGCAAAGACUACCUCCAAACCAUACAUAGAUAGCAUUUGCUACAGAAUGAUAACAGCUAAAGCUUACAUCAUUGAGCAAAGUCCUGUUUGGAAAACACUUCAGAAGAUAAAACUGAAUAGUGAUUCAGUUAACCCAAGUUAGAGUACCAACUUAAUGUUCUUCUCGAAGAAUGUGAAAAUAAUUAGACCUGUUAAAUUAUAAUAUUCAAAUAUCUAUUUAAAGACAUGUAUAUUAAUUUGAAAUAAUAACAUGUAUACAAUUAAAAGUGAUUUUAUUUUA